AUGACUGAACAACCGAAGCAGUCCGUGCUCCAAUCGCUGAGGAAUUGGGGAGAGAACUCUGUACCACCUACACUCCUGGCCACCUUGAUCACAGCCCAACAUGCGCGUCCUUUCCAGUUUUUCCCCAUGACGUUUACGCCCGUCCUGCUCUUUUCCUCUUACCUGAAUCUGAGCAACUACAAAACCGACGCUGCCGGUAUCACGGCUGCAUGGAGUGGUCUCUAUGCAUUGCUGGCCAUGCGGAGAAGUCAGGGUAUCAAGAACAAGCUUAGUGCUCGCGGCAUAGUAAGAGGAGGAUCACUUGCUCUUUGUGCAAUCAAUGUCGCAGGUUGUGGAUUAGCCUACACAUUCGGCAAGCGAGAAAAAGAGGAGAAGAAGGCGUAG